GCUAAUUAAGUAAAUCAGAUAAACAAAAAAAAUAUUAUAAAUUAUGGCGAAAUGCACUCAAUUACUUUAUUUGCAAUAAAUAAAUUGUGUCAAAAUGAAGUUGACUUGGCUACUGGUUCCACUAUUAUUGGUGAAUAUAGUAGCGGCAGAAGACGAUGAAAAUGAAUUGCCAUUAGCGGAGCCAUGUGACGUAGAAGCUUGUAAACUGCCGAAUUGCAGGUGUUCAUCCACAGCUAUUCCAGGAGGACUCCGACCAAGGGAUACGCCGCAAUUUGUCUUAGUUACUUUCGAUGAUGGCGUCAACAUCCUCAAUAUAGAAACUUACCGUUCCUCUCUAUAUGGUCGUACCAAUGCUAAUGGCUGUCCAGCAGGAGCUACGUUCUAUGUCAGUCACGAAUACACAAACUACCAACUGGUAAACGAAUUAUAUUCAAAUGGAUUUGAAAUCGGUCUACACUCCAUCACCCACCGGACGCCACAAACUUUCUGGGCUCAAGCUGAUUAUAGCACCCUUAAAAAAGAGUUUGCUGACCAAAGAGUGUUGAUGUCUCACUUUGCCAAUAUCCCGUUAGACGCCAUUCAAGGUAUACGAAUGCCUUUCCUCCAAUUGGCUGGCAACGCAAGUUUUCAAGUUUUACAAAGCGCUGGCAUGACAUAUGACGCUUCUUGGCCAACCAUUUCUUUUAUCAAUCCUGGCUUAUGGCCGUAUACAUUGGAUCACGCCUCUAUUCAAGACUGCCAAUUGCCUCCUUGUCCAACUGCGUCUAUUGAAGGUGUAUGGGUGCUCCCUAUGAUUUCAUGGAGAGAUUUGCAGAACAACCCUUGUGCUAUGGCAGAUGCUUGCUUCGCACCACCUCCAUUGGACGAUGAGGAUGCUUGGUUCGAAUUUAUCAGCACAAAUUUUGAAAGACACUAUUUUAACAACCGUGCACCUUUCGGUUUUUACGUUCACGAGUGGUAUGUCCGAACCUUUCCAGGAGUCUACAAAGCUUUGGUCAGAUUUUUGGACACUAUUAAUAAUGUGCCCGAUGUCUUUAUGGUGAAUUCAGCUGAAGUAAUAAAUUGGGUCAAGAAUCCAAUUCCGGUAAAUGAAUAUAGGGAGCAGCCUUGUCGUCAAAAUCAGCCAUCUCCUUGUAUACCUAACAACUGUGGACCUCUGUCGUCGACUCACACAGAGCAACAAUUCUGGAUGGGUAUCUGUAACACGUGCCCCAACCGUUACCCAUGGAUUGAAAACCCACUAGGGCUAUAAAUGAAAUAUAUAUUUUACUGUAUAUUAGAAGCAUGAAACAUCGUACAUCACAUCGAAAAUCGAAAGUCUACUUGUUUUUU